AUGGCAGAUGUCCCAAAAGUCAAGACCACCAAGGAUUUUGCGACGGACUUCCUUCUCGGUGGCGUUGCUGCGGCUAUCUCUAAGACUGGCGCUGCUCCCAUUGAGCGCAUCAAGCUGAUGGUGCAAAAUCAAGAUGAAAUGGUUUGCUGGCGAUCAAGCAAGGCCGUCUUUCGACUCCUUACCGAGGGGUCACAGAUGCAUUCGUACGCACCUACAAGGAUGAGGGACUUGUCGCGCUUUGGCGAGGGAACGGCAAGGACCAAUGUCAUUCGGUACUUUCCAACACAAGCCUUGAAUUUCGCUUUCAAGGAUUACUUUAAAGCGCUGUUUGGUUUUAGAAAAUCAGACGGGUACUGGACCUGGUUUGCUGGUAAUAUUGCUUCUGGUGCAGGCGCAGGUGCUUCCAGUAGCCUGUUUGUGUAUUCUCUCGACUACGCUCGUACUCGCUUGUCGAGCGACGCAAAAUCCACUAAACCUGGUGGACAGCGUCAAUUCACUGGCCUUAUUGAUGUGUACAAACAAACCCUUGCAACUGAUGGCGUGCGUGGUCUAUACCGUGGGUUUGGCCCCAGCAUAGUGGGCAUUAUGAUCUACCGGGGGUUCUACUUUGGUGUCUACGAUACGUUGAAGCCCACCGUGCUCGUCGGUCCUUUGGAGGGCUCGUUCCUCGCGUCGUUUGCUCUGGGAUGGUGUGUAACGACUGCGGCUGGUAUUGCGGCGUAUCCCAUGGACACGAUUCGGAGAAGAAUGAUGAUGACAAGUGGUAGUGGAAUACAUUACAAAUCAACCUUUGAUGCCGCAAAGCAGAUUAUGGGUAAAGAAGGCGCCAAAUCUCUAUUCAAAGGUGCCGGAGCGAACAUUCUUCGUGGCGUGGCGAGUGCGGGAGUGUUGGCGUUGUACGAUAAAUUCCAAGCCCUUAUGUUCGCGGGCAAGGUCUAUUCCGCUGGAUCAGGUUAG